ACCAAACACGGGGUAAAUUUUUAGAUACGUAGAGUGGAGGGAAGGUAGGUAGGUGUUGAACGAACGAAGGACGCCACAAACGCAAAGUAACAGAGCUCCUUUCGACAUUGAAGUUGUCCUUCGAAGCCCUUAAACUUAAACCCCAUCAUCACCUCAUCUUUUAGAAGCAAUGUCUUUGUCAACACUGAGAUUAAGGUCUGCUCCCUCUCUCUCUGUCUCUUUGUUUCGGCAUUCUCUUCUUUGUUAUUCCCAAAGUGCAUGUACAAGGGCAAGUGCAAUGCUCCACUCUCAAUCUCAUUAUAACAAUCACAAUGAUCACAAUGAUGCUGUUGCCUUAUUCAACCGCAUGCUCCUUAUGCGCCCUCCCCCACCCACCUUCCAAUUUAACAACAUUUUGAGUUCUCUUGUCAAGAUGCAACGUUUCCCCACUGCCAUUUCUCUUUCUAAACAUUUGGAUUUCAAAGGGAUUACAUCCGACCUUGUUACUCUGAACAUCCUCAUCAACUGUUUCUGCCAUCUGGGUCAGAUCACUCUUUCCUUUUCUGUAUUGGCCACGAUUCUCAAACGGGGUUAUCACCCAGAUGUAAUAACCCUCACCACACUCAUCAAAGGCCUCUGUCUUCGUGGGGAGGUUAAGAAAGCACUGAAAUUUCACGAUGAUGUCGUUGCCCUAGAAUUCCAGUUAGACCGAAUUAGUUAUGGGACAUUAAUCAAUGGUUUGUGUAAAAUAGGAGAAACAAAGGCUGCCAUACAGUUGAUGAGGAAUCUGGAAGAACGCUCCAUUAAGCCUGAUGUGGUAAUGUACAAUAUAAUAAUUGAUAGCUUAUGCAAGAAUAAACUUGUAGGGGAAGCUUGUAAUUUGUACUCUGAAAUGAAUGCGAAACAAAUUUAUCCUAAUGUUGUCACCUACACGACUCUGAUCUAUGGCUUUUGCAUCAUGGGUUGUUUGAUAGAAGCGGUUGCUUUGUUAAAUGAAAUGAAAUUGAAAAACAUCAACCCAGAUGUCUAUACCUUUAGCAUAUUGAUUGAUGCAUUAGGUAAGGAAGGAAAGAUGAAAGCAGCUAAAAUAGUGUUGGCUGUAAUGAUGAAAGCAUAUGUAAAACCUGAUGUUGUCACUUACAACAGUCUAGUGGAUGGAUACUUCUUGGUUAAUGAAGUGAAACAUGCAAAAUAUGUAUUCAAUUCUAUGGCCCAAAGCGGAGUGACACCUGGUGUUCAGAGCUAUACGAUCAUGAUUGAUGGGUUAUGUAAGACAAAAAUGGUAGAUGAAGCUAUUAGUCUCUUUGAAGAAAUGAAACACAAAAAUGUGAUUCCUAAUACAAUAACUUUUAAUUCUCUUAUUGAUGGUCUGUGUAAAUCAGGGAGAAUAGCUUAUGUUUGGGAUCUCGUCGAUAAGAUGCGUGAUAGAAGUCAACUUGCAGAUGUAAUCACUUACAGUUCCUUGAUAGAUGCUUUGUGCAAAAACUGUCAUCUAGACCAAGCAAUUGCAUUAUUCAAGAAAAUGAUUACGCAGGAAAUUCAGCCCGACAUGUACACAUACACAAUACUUAUUGAUGGAUUAUGCAAGGGUGGAAGACUUAAGAUUGCGCAAGAGGUUUUUCAGCAUCUGUUGAUUAAAGGCUAUCAUCUAGAUAUACGGACAUAUACUGUCAUGAUCAGUGGGUUUUGUAAAGCAGGCUUGUUUGAUGAAGCAUUGGCCCUACUGUCAAAAAUGGAAGACAAUGGUUGCAUCCCUAAUGCUAUAACUUUUGACAUAAUUAUUUGUGCUCUAUUUGAAAAAGAUGAGAAUGAUAAGGCAGAAAAACUUCUUCGUGAAAUGAUUGCUAGAGGCUUAUUGUAGGAGUAAAACCAGGGGAUGAUGGGGAUUCUAUGGUGCCGAUGCGCUAAUGCAAUUUCUGUGGUAGAUGCAGACUGGUUAAUCAGCAAAGAUCACCAGUGUUUUAUUUGUUAAUAAAUGUGAUGCUAGGAGACUAACAUUGAGGAUUUGAUGGUUAAAUUUCACAUAUAUUCAAUAACCAGUAGAUGUUUUCAUUUUACAAUCAAAAUCAUUGUAACGAGUUUCACUGAAUUUUCCACUUUGCCCGGAAUUUUUCUAGUCAAUUAUCAUUGAUGCAUCCUGCUGAUUUGUGCGUUAAACUACCAGGGUUUGUGAAAUUGGGGGAAGUGGCUAUCAUUGAACUGCUUGUUGUUGGAGACAUCUUGUCAAUAUCAAUAUUCCGUCCUGAUGGAAUCUUUUGGUUUUGCUGCCUCUCCAUUAAACUCGGGUUCUCUUGCCACCAAUAAGGCUGGGCUGAUACGGGUGGUACCAUGGAACACUUUGCAGCAUUCAGUGACUUGUGCAUUCAUAGCUGUCCUAUAUAGAGACUACAAGCUGACAUCUCAAACUAAAGCUCUAUAUUGUAGUAAAAAUCAGCUGUAUAAUCCAGUAGAUCUUGUAAAUUAUCCACUUCUUAGGUAUUCGUGUUUUAGGAAAUGGGAUCAACAGUUUUCCAUUCUUAUCAUAGGGAGUCAGAACUUUUGUCAAUUACUGAAUUGCAGAUUUACUGUUUGGAACAAAGCUUAUUUCGCAGUAUUAGUGUGCUUAUUUUAUUUGUACAUUAUAUAUGCACUACGGUCAACUAUUAAGGGCCAAUUGUUACAUCAGUGUUUCAAUUUCAACUU